AUGGCACUCAGCCAUUUGUUUUACUUCAUUUGCAUUGCCGGAGCCCUCCCCAUCGCAAUCCAAGAACCCCCCCCCGCCCCCAACCCAAGACCCGGACCAGAAAAGUGGUUCGAAGAUAACUGGUGGAUGGUUGUUGGGGGUAUCGGCCUCCUUGGUUUACUCGCCUUGAUUUGGCGACGACUAGACAAAACGGAAACAUGGAAGUUCUGGUUGUGGGACUUUCGCCGCCGUGGCCGAGAGGCCGAGUAUAUCGAACUCGGGGAGACGCGAGAGCGGAAUCUGACCGCCAGUGCGCUCCAAAAUCACAAUCUGGAGGGGUCCGGACAACAACCCCUUGACGAUACCGAAUCGGGGGAGACGCGAGAGCGGAAUCUGACCGUCAGUGCGCUCCCAAACGACAAUCCGGAGGGGUCCGGACAAAAACCCCCUGGCGAGAACGAGACGCCAAUCGAGACCGAGGAGGGCCCCGAAGAGACAAAUACCUUCGUGGUGGCGGGGCCAUCAAGAACUCGACAGUUGGACGUGCGGGAGGGCACCCGAUCAUCAAGCCCCAAGGGAAAAGAGCCUAUUAGGGGAUCUGAUGGGCCUCUGCUGGCAAAGAUACCUUCGAUUUAA